GUUGAGCUGGACUUCAUGCUUUCCCCAACUCCGCCUUGCCCUUGACACGUCGACCUUGCAGUACGUAGCUUUCCGAACAGCAGAAGACUGUUAUUAAGCGGACUGCUCCUGUCAGAAGUGCUGGACUUGAAGUCAGAUCGGACCUUCGCAACUCACCAUUCGCUCGACGCUUCCGCCGGGUCCUCAAGGUUGACUAAUGGCAGCCUCUGCCUUUCCCCGGCCGGUCCAAAACCCUCCGCCGCUUGGAGAACAUGGUAAAAGUGGCGGGGAAACAUCACGGUUACGAUGCCGCUUACGAACAGUAGUAGAGGUCAAGAGCGCCAUGGACCUAGAUGAGUCUCUUCGAUGGCAAUGCAGUGAUGACAUGCGAAGAGCGCAUUUCCUGGCUCGACAUGGGUCAGAAAGUCCAUAUAAGAAGCUAACCUGCGGCCGUUGGGUUACAAGCCCGAAGCACACCUUACUGCCCAAAGUCACAGUACACAAGCCCGUCUAGCACAUAUACAUAUAGCAGUUCCAACCGCAGCGUGAGCCUCAAAGAAGCGAAAUGGCGGUAUUUCAAUCUUCUCCCUGGCACGAGGGAGAGAAGGCUAUCCAUCGCCGCACACAUGUGCAUUACGAUGAGGACAACCCCACCUCACCUUUCCUGACGCCUCGGGCAGCAUACCAGAUCCAGCGGUACCAGCUCAUGGCUAUUGGUGCCUUGGACGACAAUGACCGACCGUGGUGCACGGUAUGGGGUACUGGUGAGCCACCGCUAGCACAACCCAUUGGAAAGAGCAUCAUCGGCAUACGAUCAAAAGUCGAUGCAAUAUUUGAUCCCGUUGUGAAAGCCAUCUGGAGCGACAACAAAGACGGCGAGGUCUUGCAAUAUGAAGCGGACGGCGGCAAGAUGAUGGCAGGCUUGAGCAUCCAGCUGGAAGAACGGGGUCGGGUCAAACUGGCCGGCAAGAUUGUGGCAGGCGCAUUGACCGGUACCACCACUGACGAGGCCACCGACAAAAGGCAAACAAGUCCAACAGACCAGUCCGCUGCCAACGGCAGACCAGGCGAAGUACAAAUGGUAGUCAAGAUCGAACAGAGUCUAGGAAACUGUCCGAAAUACCUCAACCGAAAGAGAAUCAGCUCUGCCACCCCAAAGCCCCAACUCCUCUCGUCUUCGCCUCACUUGACUCAGAAAGCCAUUGACCUUAUCCACCAAGCCGACUUGUUCUUCAUUGCCUCUUCCCAUGCCCACGAGGACAUGGACGUCAACCAUCGCGGCGGCCCACAGGGCUUUAUCCGUGUGCAGCAGCCAGAAGACCCGUCAGAGGGAACUACCCUCGUCUGGCCCGAGUACAGCGGCAACAACCUCUACCAAACCCUCGGCAACCUUGAGACAACACCCCGCGCUGGACUGGUGAUUCCCGAUUUCACCACCGGUAACGUGCUGUACGUCACAGGCGACACGGAGACACUGGUCGGGACCGACGCCAGCAACGUCCUGGCCAAAACCAAGCUUGCCGUCCGUUUGAAAGUGACUGAAGCCAGACUCGUCCAAACAGGCCUUCCAUUUCGUGGCUCGUUAAUCGAGGACACAUCUCAAGGUCGCUCACCGUACAAUCCGCGAGUUCGAUACCUGACCACCGAGAAACCAGACUCCUGGAGUCAGUCAUCAACCUCUUCAACAACAGCACAGCUAAUAAGCAAGACGAAACUCACGCCCACCAUCACCCGCUACAGAUUCGCACUGGCAGAUCCAACGAUCCACGGCCCCUGGAAACCAGGGCAAUAUGUAGCAUUGGACUUUUCAGCCGAGUUGGACAUGGGAUACUCUCACAUGCGCGACGACGACCCGACAAGUUUAAACGACGACUUUAUCCGUUCAUUUACGGUAUCGUCGCCGCCAAAUUCGUUGGGUGUGCAUGGUGAAGAAUUUGAAAUUACUGUGCGCAAUGUCGGGACUGUCACUCGCUGGCUUGAGUGGCAGCGUCCGGGGAUGUGUGAGGUCGGUGUGCGCGGAUUUGCUGGCGAGUUUGCUUUCGAUUUCGGGCAGAACGACGACAGCGAUUCAAAUCACAAUCGCCACCACAAUGAUGAAGAUCACAAUCAGACUACUACUAUGAUCGGUUUCAUAGCCGCGGGCAUAGGAAUCACCCCAUUACUAGGCCAAUUAGGCGACAACAACCAGAAUCGUCUCAACCUCUCGCGCCUCAAGGUCUGGUGGAGCGUGGGAAUCCGAGACAUUGGGCUUCCACUUGAUGUCCUCACGCGAUAUCGUGAGCUGAAGACCUCGAUGACCAUCUUUCUCACCGGGGAUGAAACUUCAUUAGCGGACAAGGACAAACACAAGCUCCAACAACUCGUCGACACUGGUGUCAAGAUUGAAAGGAGGAGACUGCAAAAGUCUGAUCUGGUGGCUGAAGGUGCAGAUGCAGAUGCAGAUGCGCAAGCAGCGGCAAAAAUCACCAAGUGGUACCUCUGCACGGCACCGGCGCUGCGAAAGGUCGUCCAGGACUGGAUGCCGGGCAAGGCUAUCAUAUAUGAGAAUUUUGAUUAUUAAUAUUGGAUUCACGAGGUGCCAGGGGCUCAAAGUUGAGAACUUUCGCACAGUGUAUAGUCAGUACUACCUUGGGUACGAGUUCAUUUAAUGCAUGUAUCUGUCCGUUGAAAGAGGUUUUAUUUUUACUGUUUGGUUUAAAAACUUAGCCACUUCGCUUUGCACAGUAUGCGCUCAG